AUGGCCACCCAUAUUUUAAGCAGUGGCUACGUGACCACAGGCGUUGCGCCUUGGGGAAGCCAGUGGAAGAAAAUGAGAAGGGUCUUGAUUGCUGAUGUGUUCAAUCAGUCUAGGGUUCACUGGCUACUUGGUAAAAGAAAUGAAGAAGCUGAUAAUCUUGUUAAGUUCCUAUAUAAUCAGUGCUCGGUGAAUCCAAAUGGUUCAGUAGUGAAUGUGAAAACUGCAGCCCUAUUUUACUCGGGAGGUGUCAUGAGAAGGAUGAUUUUCAACUCAAGAGUGUUUGACAUAGGCGGCCAUGCGAAAAAGGUGAGAGAUGCUUUGAAGAUUACCAAGCAGUAUCAAGACCCUGUUAUAAACGAGAGAUUACAAGAAUGGAGAGAUGGGAAAAGGACGGAGCCUGCGGACCUGCUUGAUGUUUUCAUUUCACUCAAAGAUGCAAAUGGACUGCCUUUACUCUCUAGUGAAGAAAUCAAAGCGCAAAUCACAAUGUACCUUGCGUACGUCAACAACCCAUAUGGGAAUACCGAACCGUCCCCGAAGGUGGGGAAGCCACACCUUCCACGCGGCAAGCCUCCCAAGAAUUGUGAGAUUUCGGUCUACUACGCAGUAUUGGACGAUGUUUGGAAUUGGAAUAAGAUGAUUGUUGACGAUGCCUUUGCGUACUCAGUAUCUACUAACAUCACGUUUAGCGAUGACAUUGAACCACGUUCCGUCGAUGAAUGUUGA